GAUUCCUCUCCCCGUAGCACGGUGGUAGUUUCCAGCUUUAUCCGUCACUAAUUCACCUUCUAUUUCUCCGGUUCUGAUAUCGUUGCAACUUGCAAAAACAAACAAGGUCCGUCCUGAUAUCCCAACUAGGGAAGACUGGCCUCCUGUUCACAUACUUAUGACUAUAUGAGUAUUCACAUGAAACUUCAGUUGUUCCUUUUUGAAGAAUUUGAUACAAUGGAUCCUAUUUCCGUCAUCCUCGACAAAGGGACUAUUUAUUAUGAUAGAUUCUUUUGCUAGGAAGGUUAACUAAAAUGGCAAAAACGUUAAGAUUGGGGGUUAGAGUUUCCUUCAGCAACAGUCAGGUGCCGGCAACACCAAGUGCUGUAUCAACCAUCAAGACCGAAGAGUUAAUGAAUGAUCACAUAAAUUCGCUAUGUAAAAAUAAUUUCUACCGGGAAGCAUUGGAUGCGUUUGAUUCUGCGCAAAAGAACUCAAGCUUCAAGAUAAGGUUAAGAACCUACAUCUCUUUAAUUUGUGCUUGCACUUCUUCGAGAUCUCUAGGACAAGGCAGAAAGAUACAUGAUCACAUUUUGAAAUCCAACUGCAAGUAUGAUACUAUUCUUAAUAAUCACAUUCUUAGUAUGUAUGGGAAAUGUGGCUCGCUGAGGGAUGCUAGAGAGGUUUUUGAUUUUAUGCCUGAAAGGAAUUUGGUCUCUUACACAUCUGUGAUUACUGGCUAUUCCCAGAACGGUCAGGGAGCUGAGGCAAUAAAAUUGUACUUGAAAAUGCUUCAGGAAGAUUUAGUGCCUGACCAGUUUGCAUUUGGAAGCAUCAUCAAAGCAUGUGCGAGUACUGGUGAUGUUGGGUUAGGGAAGCAACUGCAUGCUCAAGUCAUUAAGUUGGAAUCUAGUUCUCAUCUUAUUGCUCAAAAUGCUCUGAUUGCUAUGUACGUUCGUUUUAGUCAAAUGUCAGAUGCCAGCAAAGUGUUUUAUGGUAUCCCAUCUAAGGAUCUAAUUUCGUGGAGCUCAAUAAUUGCAGGGUUCUCGCAACUUGGGUAUGAGUUUGAAGCCCUGAGCCAUUUAAAAGAAAUGUUGUCUUUUGGUGUUUUCCAACCAAAUGAAUAUAUAUUUGGUAGUUCUUUAAAAGCUUGUAGCAGUCUCCUUAGACCAGAUUAUGGUAGCCAAAUACAUGCGUUAUGCAUUAAGUCGGAGUUAGCUGGAAACGCAGUUGCAGGCUGUUCGCUCUGUGACAUGUAUGCGAGAUGCGGUUUCCUGACUUCGGCAAGGAGAGUAUUUACUCAAAUAGAAAGACUUGAUACAGCAUCAUGGAAUGUGAUCAUUUCUGGACUUGCAAAUAAUGGUUGCGCUAAUGAGGCUGUAUCAGUUUUCUCUCAGAUGAGGAAUUCUGGUUUUAUUCCUGAUGCCACCUCCUUGCGUUCUCUGCUUUGUGCUCAGACAAACUCAAUGGCCUUGUGUCAAGGCAUGCAAAUUCACUCUUUCAUUAUCAAGUAUGGUUUCCUGACAGAUCUUUCAGUUUGCAACUCUCUGCUUACCAUGUACACCUUCUGCUCGGACUUGUAUUGUUGUUUUAGGAUAUUUGAUGACUUCAGAAACAACGCAGAUUCUGUCUCUUGGAAUGCUAUUCUGACAGCAUGUUUGCAACACGAACAGUCAGUAGAGAUGUUGAGAUUGUUUAAGCUUAUGCUUGCGUCUGAAUGUGAGCCAGAUCACAUAACCAUGGGUAAUCUGUUGCGGGCUUGUGUAGAAAUUUCAUCUCUAAAAUUGGGAAGUCAAAUCCAUUGCUAUAGUUUGAAAACCGGGUUGGUUCUUGAGCAAUUUAUUAUAAAUGGACUGAUUGAUAUGUAUGCCAAAUGUGGAUCACUGUGGCAAGCCAGAAAGAUCUUUGAUUCAAUGCAUAACCGAGAUGUAGUUUCAUGGAGCACUUUGAUAGGUGGAUAUGCACAGUCUGGAUUAGGAGAGGAAACUCUCAUCUUGUUCAGGGAAAUGAAAUUUGCGGGAAUAGAGCCAAAUCAUGUAACAUUCAUUGGUGUUUUAACUGCCUGUAGUCAUGUUGGGCUGGUGGAAGAAGGCUUACAGCUGUAUGCAAGCAUGCAAACUGAACACGGGAUUUCACCAACAAAAGAGCACUGCUCUUGCGUGGUUGACUUGCUGGCUCGUGCUGGCCAUUUAAAUUUAGCUGAGAAAUUUAUCAAUGAAAUGAAGUUGGAACCUGAUGUAGUAAUCUGGAAGACUCUACUCUCUGCAUGUAAAACCCAAGGAAAUGCUGAUCUCGCCAAAAAGGCUGCUGAAAAUAUUUUGAAGAUCGAUCCUUUCAACUCUACAGCUCAUGUAUUGCUUUGCAGCAUACAUGCUUCUUCUGGAAAUUGGGAAGAUGCUGCAUUGUUGAGGAGCUCGAUGAAAAAGCAAGAUGUAAAAAAAAUCCCGGGACAGAGUUGGAUCGAAGUUAAGGAACAAAUUCAUAUAUUUCUGGCUGAAGAUGUUCUUCAUCCAGAAAGUGACGAUAUAUAUACAGUCCUGCACAACCUCUGGUCGCAGAUGCUAGAUGAGUGUAAUCCACAACAAAAGAAAAGACUUCAGUUUAUUCAUGAGACUAGAUAGAUGGAAUUUAAGUGAUGUUUAUUUCUCGUCUAAGCAUGAACAGAGAAUGCCAUCGCGUCUCAGCUUCUGUUGCCAUGGUCUUGGUGCAGCGUACAGAGCAGACAGUGUGUCUGUUAAUUAAGGCAUUUGAUGAGCUGUAGGAGAACUGAUCACCACAUUGGAUUGCAGCACCCAAGCGGUAUGGGAUGGGAUAUAAAUUCAGUGCUAUAUCUAUGACUAAAAAAGGAUACAUCUCCAUUCUAUCUGAUGAGCUGAAGUUUCAGUAAAGAUGAUUCGAAGAAGGCUGAAAAGGAAAAAUAUCUUCUGGGUAUGACUUGAGUCUCCUCCCCUACACUGUAUUCUUAUCAAACCAGUGAAGUUGCAUGCUCUAGGUGGCUAAAAAGAAUGAUAGAUAGGGGAUUUUCACGUUCCCUGAGAUUGGCUGCUUUUUGAUGUUGGAAUCCUUGUGGAUGUUUCCAGGUAUGAACAUGUAAAAGCUCCAAACACACAAAUCUCCUCUUUAGAGAAUUUUGUUACAUCCGGUAUUUAGUCUAGCAAAAGCCAGACUGGUUUAUAGGCAGCGAGGAGCCGAGGAUAAUGAAGACGAACAAGGAAACCGAGAAACAUUUUGAUAAGUUAAAUGAUAUCAAAGAUGAUGAGAGAGACUCUACAGCUGCAACAAAAUGUAUGUAUGAAGAAGGCAAAACUAGUCAGACCAAAACAAUAGUCUACACUCUCCAUGUGAAAUCAUACAGGACUCAAGAUAAUCCUCAUUGACAGAAGUAAAAGGAAGAAAAAAAACCCUACAAGGAUGAAAUGUGGUAACCAAACAAAAAGAGCUUUGAACGAGGCACAACCGAAGCUAAGCUGGCUUUUUAUUUAUUCUCCAGGGACAGGAACUCCUUGCUUGAGCUUCUCGCGCUUGAG